AUGUCGCAAAGUCAUGCCCUCUCCGAUGAUCAGGUCGCGGGCGAGCUCCGCAAGAUGACCGCGUUCAUCCGGCAGGAGGCCCUCGAGAAAGCCCGUGAGAUCCAGCUCAAGGCCGACGAGGAGUUCGCGAUCGAGAAGUCCAAGCUUGUCCGCCAAGAGACCGCCGCCAUCGACACCCUCUACGAGAAGAAGUUCAAGCAGGCUGCCAUGUCCCAGCAGAUUACCCGCUCGACUCUUGCCAACCGGACUCGUCUCCGCGUGCUCGGUGGUCGUCAAGAGCUCUUGGAUGAGCUGUUUGAGAAGGCUCGGAAGAAGGUUUCGACUGUGGCUGCGGAUGAUAAGAAGAAAUACCAGACCACGCUGGAGGGACUGAUCCUCGAGGGCUUCUACUACCUGAACGAGGACAAGGUUGAGAUUCGUGCGCGGAAGCAGGAUGCUGAUGCUGCGAAGAAGGCUAUUGAGGAGGCUGCGAAGGAGUUCAAGAAGAACGUUGGCAAGGAAGUAACUGCGACUUUGGACGAGUCGGAGCCGCUGCCCGAGGGAUCUGCUGGUGGUGUGGUUAUUGUCGGUGGCAAGGGCAAGAUCGAGAUCAACAACACCUUCGAGGAGCGUCUGCGUCUCCUGGAGAUUGAUGCCCUCCCCGCCGUGCGAGAGACAUUGUUCGGAAAGAACGCGAACCGGCGUUUCUAUGACUAG